ACAUUCUGUCACAAAGUUUAUUAAAAUCUUUAAAGCUUUGUAUUGCUCAAAGUAUUGCGAUUAAGUAUAAAAAGAAAAGGAAAAAAUAGAAGCAGUUUCAUGGCUAAAAUGUUGAGGCGGCGACGAAGGUGGUCCCCAUGUCUUAAGCAUAAGAAAAGUGUGACAAUAACAUAUAUGAUCAAAGUAGUUUCAUUUUUCAUAGUUGAGAUAAAACUCCCCCAUAUAUCUCACACCUUUGUCUCUAGGUUGUUACAUUACCUGUGGGGGGUCCCACACUUACACGUGUAGCCUUCUUAAUGGUACGGUUUGGUACUUGAGUGGCAACCACCAGCCAAUACUCCUUUCCUUUGCCUCCCCCUAAUAUUUCCCACCCACAUUAAUACUAUAUUUGCCAAACAAGGCAUUACAUAAUUUCAACUUUAUUAUAAAAGGCAUGACCAAAUUAUCAUAAUAAAAAAAAAAGUUUUUAAGGUACUUGUACAUGUACAUGAUAUCAUUUUAUUUUCAACAACAAAAACUAUGGAAAGCACAGACUCUUCCUCUACACAACCUUACCCUCAGCUACCUCCCGGUUUUCGCUUCCAUCCGACUGAUGAAGAACUCAUUGUUCAUUACCUCAAACGGAAGGCCUCAUCCUCGCCUCUUCCUGUGGCGAUCAUAGCCGAGGUUGAUUUGUACAAGUUCGACCCUUGGGAGCUUCCUAGUAAGGCGAUAUUUGGAGAACAAGAGUGGUACUUUUUUAGUCCUAGAGAUCGGAAGUACCCAAAUGGGGCCCGGCCAAAUAGAGCCGCAACUUCAGGUUAUUGGAAAGCUACAGGAACUGAUAAGCCUAUAUUAACAUCUAAUGGUAACCAAAAGGUUGGUGUUAAGAAGGCUCUUGUUUUCUAUGGUGGUAAACCUCCUAGAGGGAUCAAAACUGAUUGGAUCAUGCACGAGUAUCGCGUUAUUGAUGCUAAUUCUAGCUCCAAGUUGCCUCAUCCUCUCGUCGAUCAUCCCUCCAAGAAGGCCUCUCUUCGGCUUGAUGAUUGGGUUCUAUGUCGGAUUUACAAGAAGAACAACACUCAAAGACCGAUGGAUCACGAACGAGACGAUCUAAUUGAGGAGAUGAUAAAGCAACAAAAGCUAAUGAGAACAAUCUGCUCAAAAAACACACCCUCUAGUGGAUUACUAAUGGAUCAUACUAACAAUGAUCAAAACAUAUAUGAAUUCUCAAAAUUAGGCCCUUCAGCCUCAAGGCAUGACUUGUACGGAAUGCAAGGGGAUGACAACAACAACCGCGAACAUCUAUACUGGGAUGAUCCGAUGGGAUCCCUCGGAUCAUCCUCAGGUCGUCGAUUCCACCACCCACAAUCCGAUCAGACGACGGGGAGUACCGGGACAGAUGGAAAUAGCUCAUCAUUUGUAUCAAUGUUAAGCCAACUACCUCAAGGGAUCAAUACUAGUGGUGUCCCUUUUAGUAUGGGGAGUCCCUUACUAGUUGGGAACAUUGGUGAUGGUGUUCUAAGGCCUCCUUUUCAGCUUUCUGGUGGAACAUGGAAUUCAUAGUUUAAUUUCUUCAUCAAAAUCACGGGAAAUUCAUACUCUUAUUGAAGCAAAUACAAGUGUAAGAAAGUAUACUGUAUACAUAACUAUUAAUGAUUUAUAAUUUUAUAUGUAUUAUUGCAUUGUGAGAAUUUUACUAGGAAAAUACAGGAUUUUGGUAGUUUAUUGCAUAUUUAGGGGUUAAUUGUUUUUUUUGUUUUGCAUGUCGUUAUGCCUUAAAUCAUUGUUACUAAAGAAAAAUAUAUAGUAAUACAUGCUAGCUUAGUACGAAGUUAGGAAUACCCUUCAAAAUAAAUAAAAGAAGUUAGGAGCAACACGUUAAUAUAAGCUAGGUUUAUAUACGACUAUGCAUAUAUAAACAU